AUGGAGCAAGUGUAUCAAAGAGCACAUACAGUGGUUGUCUACCUGGGUGAACCUACGACGAAAACCGAAGAAGCAAUGCGGACACUGGGGUAUUUUGUCAUCAUUCAUGCCCACGACACGGACGCCCCCCCUUGGGAGACCACGCCGCUUAAACAAAUCCAGGAUUCACUCAGGGAUAUUAUCGAUCGCAGUUGGUUCUAUCGCAUUUGGACUGUCCAAGAGGUGACCCUGGUUCGUCGAACAACCAUGUUCAGCGGCCCAUACGAAGUGUCUUGGGAUUCCAAUGUGCAUAGCUUGAAGACCAUUCUGUUCCGAAUCAAGGCCGCUGUUAUAUCCCCCGAGUGGUCGACGCGAUUCGGAGAGAGCGUCGACCACGACUGGUCGAACCUGCUCAGCAUCCUCGAUGCCCAACUGCGACAGGCUGCUCGGCGAGAGGGAGUCACGAUCGCGAGAACGCCGCUGGACUUGGCAUAUGACUUUCGCCAAAGAGUGUCAACAGACCCAAGGGACAAAUACUAUGCCAUUUUCAACCUCGUUGAGAAUGAUUCGGGAGCACGCCUAAUUCUGCAACCAGACUAUACCAUGUCCCUGGAGGAGCUUCACCGACGGUUCACCGAGGAGAUUAGAAGGAUCAGUCUUGCCUUGUAA